CUUCGACCUUCUUACAUUCACGGUUGGGCUAGGAAAAUGGGGAUAAGGGUAGGAUCUGCUUCUCUUAGAGGAGAAAAAGGAAUAAGUCAAUCUUGCAAUUAAAUUAAUUAAUUUAGAGUUCAAAAGACACUUUUAUUGAAGCUUAAAAAAAGAAUAAGUAGUAAGGAUGUAAUGUGCCACUUGUAAUCAUUCAAUCUCAUAUUUUGGCCACCUCUAUCACAGAGCAAAAUGCCCAAAUUGAAAUAUAAUAUUAAAUCAUUUGAUUGAAUUGCACUAUUAUUGCAUCUAGCUGAACGUCACCGCAUUAGGCAGCUUUAUUUAUAAUAUAGAGAUCUUUUCAAAUAAUCAUAGUUUAACUAUGUGAACUAUAGUAAUCCAAUUCAGUUGGUGGUCACCGGUGACUGUCAUGGCAUUCGACGUGUCAAUAUUCAAGGUAGAGAAUAAUCAAUGAAAAUAAUGACUGGUCAAGCAUGCUGAAGAACCGAUCCACCGCGAGAGUCGUACCCUCCUGGGACACCUGCAUAGACGCGCUCUUCGACUCUCACCUGCCAAUCAAGUUUGCUUUCACCGGGCGGCUCUCGUUACACGACAUCACCCAAAACGGAUUCUACGUUCUACGAAGAAACGUCUGCCCAUUCCCAAUAUUGGAUGAUAUCUUCCGGUUCAAAUGCUGUCCGCUGGAAACGGUUUACGUGGUGAACUGUAUACGCCCCCGCAAGUCGGAUUCCCUGGACUCGUUGCGUCAUUCAGUCUUAAAAGAGAAUCUGGGCUAUACGAGCGAGGUCACUCGUCGGACCGUGUUUCUGUCCGGCCAGCUGGAGGAUUUAGUGAUGGACUCGAAAUUCGGUCGCCUGCAGUGCGACCCCUGUCUGCACGACUACGUGGAGCUGUUCAAGUGCAAGCUCAUCGCUGCUGAGUCGAAAGCCGUGUACGUGUUCCCUGAUAGAAAUGAAUGUUAACCCUCUAUAGGCCUAUGUAACUUUGAAGUCACGUAUCAGUAUGUGGCAUCUUGUUGAUUUAUUUUAUUUUGCACUGAAAGUUACAAAAUAUAUUCGUUUGAUGAAAUUAUUGAAACUAUUGAGUACGUUGUACGCACGUAAUUCAUAUUCAUAUGUGGAUAUUUAUUAAUUUUGUACUGCAUAGAUUUUGUUAUAAUCAUGAACAUAAAUUCGGCUCAUAGAGGGUUAAAACGUUGAACGCCGCACGAUGUCAGAGCAAGAUACACAGAAUGGAAAAGAUAUAACAUUAACCCUUUGCGGACGAAGAUUCUUUGAAACGUACAAAACCUUCAACAGGAGCUGAAUUAUAUAUAAGUUGCAUAAUUGAUAAAAAAGGAAACUACGUGCUGAUCUGCUAUUUGAGUAAUUGAAUCAUUCUUUUGUGACUUGGU